UCUCAUCUCCCGCUCUCUUCCUCUUCCCUCAGUAGCGCAUAGCAGUGCAGGCACGGAGGCAGAAGAGCCUUCUCGACUCUCUCUCUCUCUCUCUCUCCUCUCAGUUCCGAUUGCAGGAAGCUUUAAUCAUGCCUUCCAUUCCGAAGCAAAAUGCAUCUCCGAUCUCCACCAGAGGUAACCUCAAGGAGGUCAGCGGCAGGAGGAGAUUGAGAUCCGAUCGAACAGCGACGGUGGAGAGCUCAAUCGCUACUCCGAUCAAGCGGAAGUCUCCUCGACGAUGCAUCAAUUCCAGCCCAAACGCUCCUCCGAAUGGAGGAGCAAAGGAAGACAGAGAUGAGAUCAUGAAAUUGCGCAAAUCACCAGUGAAGAGAUUGUCUGAUAGUUUUGCAGCGAAGCAACAGUGGAACCCCAAAGAUCCUCAUCAUAUGAGUGCAGUCAAGGAAGCACUGCAUGUAUCAACUGUUCCAUGCAGUAUUGUUUGCCGUGAAGAUGAACAACAAAGGGUUUUAGAUUUUUGCAAAGGCUGUAUAGAGCAAGAGAAGGCAGGUAGCUUAUACGUAUGUGGAUGUCCAGGCACUGGCAAGUCUUUAUCUAUGGAAAAAGUGAAGCAGAAUCUCCUUGAAUGGGCACGAGAUGCAGGUUUACAGCCUCCAGAUGUUCUGUCUGUGCAGUGUACUUCUCUAGCAACCACAUCUGAAAUCUUCAGCAAGAUACUUGGGAAGAUCCAGCUGGCAGGAAGGACCAACAUUUCCUCCCCGCCACUGCAACAUCUUCAGAAAAUAUACAUUCAAAAGCAGCCGUCCACUGGCGGGAAGAUGACCCUCAUUAUUGCAGAUGAGUUGGACUAUUUAAUUACAAAAGACCGAGCAGUGCUACAUGAUUUGUUUAUGCUAACAGCUCUUCCCUUCUCCAGAUGCAUUUUGAUAGGAAUUGCAAAUGCUAUAGACUUGGCUGAUCGCUUUCUACCAAGGCUUCAAUCCUUAAAUUGCAAGCCUAUGGUUAUAACCUUUCGUGCUUACUCUAAGGAUCAGAUUCUCCAGAUUCUUCAAGAGAGGCUCAUGGCGCUUCCGUACGUCGUCUUUCAACUACAAGCCUUAGAACUUUGCGCUAGAAAAGUUGCAGCUGCAUCUGGAGACAUGCGGAAAGCUCUAUGUAUCUGCAGGAGUGCAAUCGAUUUGGUCGAGGCAGAGACCAGAGAAUCUGCAAGAGAAUGCGAUUUUCCAUUAGUUGGUAAUAAGUCCUUAUGUGGAGAAACAUCUUCGACCGUUGAAAGUGAAAAAGUUCAAGAGAGUGCUAUUGUCAGGAUUGAUCAUAUGGCUCUUGCUUUAUCAAGAACGUUUAGAUCACCAGCAGUAGACACCAUUCAGUCUCUACCACAACAUCAACAGAUAACAAUUUGUUCGACUGUGAAACUUCUCCGAGGGCGGAAGAAAGAUACAACUCUCGGGGAGCUGUAUAAAUCUUACCUGGAAGUCUGCAAGGCGUCGCUAAUACCAGCAGCUGGAUUUUUGGAAUUUUCAAGUAUGUGCCAAGUUCUUAAUGACCAGGGGCUUCUCAAACUGGGCCAAUCUCGUGAUGACAAAUUACGAAAGAUAGCCUUAAAAGUGGAUGAAGCAGACGUCACUUUUGCGUUACAGGGAGUUCGGUUCUUUCGGAAUUGCCUUCAGCAGCCAUAAAUGGUCAACUUAUUUGUGCCAAUGAAGCCUGAUUAACAAGGUAUAAUAGUCCACAGAGGGAAUGCAAAGAGGUCUGUCACUAAAAUAAAUAAAUAAAUAAAUAUAGAGUUUAAUCAACACAUACAUAAAUACAUACAUGUAUGGAGUUUGAGGAACAAGUGAUGAAAUCAAUGGCUGGGGAGCAGAGAUACAAACCGGCACCAACGCAUGCGAGAUUUGCUCAGUAUAUUGGUUGCCGCUAAAGUGCUCGUAUCACAUUUCCUUUUUUUUUAAUCAAUUCAAAACCAGGAAAAAUGCAAAAGCAAUAUUUAGUGGCUUCGCACAGCAAUUUUCCCCCCGUACUCUUUUUGUAUAUUAAUAAUUGAUUACUGAAAGUCUGAAAGCAAUGCCUA